UGGGUUCACACUCACCGUCUCCACAUUGUGUUGAGCUUCGCACAACUGUCCCAGCUUCCGGCCACCGUGGUCAAGGAUAUCCUCUAAGGAACGAUGGAUUUCAGCGGAACGUGGCAGGUCUACGCUCAGGAAAACUACGAGGAGUUCCUCAAGGCCAUGGAACUUCCAGAAGAUGUAAUCAAGAUAGCCAAAGACAUAAAACCGGUAACCGAGAUCAAACAGACGGGCAACGACUUCGUCAUCACCUCCAAAACGCCCGGAAAGUCUGUGACAAACUCCUUCACCAUCGGCAAGGAGACGGAAAUUAACACCAUGGAUGGGAAGAAGCUGAAGUGCACUGUCAAUCUGGAGGGUGGAAAGCUCGUCUGCAAUACCGGCAAAUUCUGCCACGUCCAAGAACUCAAAGGAGGAGAGAUGAUCGAGACUUUGACCCGGGGCUCGACGACUCUGGUCAGGAGGAGCAGAAAGGUCUAGACCUGAACAAAAAUUAGAAUAUGUAUUUAAAUAAAGGUGUUUACUGUA